AUGGCACGAGUCUCUGUCAAGGCCCCCGGUGCUCUCCCAUUUCACACAGUGCGCUGCAUUCUGGACGCAUCAUCGCUGUGCACACCCGUACAAACCAUCUCUUCAGAGUGUGAUCCAGAGCUUCUGUGGCUCAAGGAUGAAGAGAACUGCAAUGACAUCAUCUACCAAGAAAACCUCACACACUCAGGCUCUUCGGGCUGCAAUGCAUUAUGGGAUCAUCUGAACUGUUGGCCACAUGCCCAGGUGGGAGAGACCAUCUCCAAACCCUGUCCCCCGUUCCUCAGGACCAAAGGGGGUGUGGGGAGGAAGUGCACAGAGAAUGGCUGGUCAGAGCCUUCCCCUCCGUACGAGCUGGCUUGCGGAUACAAUCUGAAUGACACACUUCACUUUCCCACAGAUACAAUGCUGGUGUCAUAUGAGUACUUCAUGGGGAUAAGGAUCAUGUAUUCAGUAGGAUACAGCAUCUCGCUGAUCUCUCUCAGCAUCGCGCUCAUACUUCUGGGCGCGUUCAGAAAGCUCCACUGUACACGUAACUUCAUCCACAUGCAGCUCUUCCUGUCCUUUAUCCUGAGAGGUGUCUCCAUCUUCAUCAAAGAUGCAGUGCUGCACAAUUCACAGGCUUAUUACUACUGUGACUCUCAUCCGCCUGGCUGCAAGGUGGCGCUGUUGAUCUCUAACUACUGCAUCCUGGCCAACUACAGCUGGCUGCUAGUGGAGGGUCAUUAUCUGCACAGCCUGAUCCACCUGUCCCUACACUCCACAAGAAAACGCCUGCACUGGUACAUCAGCCUCGGCUGGGGCACACCCAUGCUCAUCAUCAGUGUGUGGGGCCUGGCCAAAUACCUGCAGGAGGAUGAGGGAUGUUGGGAGAUGAGAGGCAAUGGCUGGAUCUGGUGGAUUCUGAGAGUUCCUGUAAUUCUAUUCAUCAUAGUAAACGUGGCGUUUUUCCUGAGAAUAAUUCGAAUGCUUGUGAGCAAGAUGAGAGCUCCGGAUAUGCUUGAAAAUGGGUUUAAAAAGCAUAGAAAGCUGGCCAAGUCCACCCUUCUGCUGGUGUCUCUGUUUGGUGUGCAGUACACACUCUUUGCUUUCUUUCCCGAUCAAGUCGGCAACCUCACUUUCCAAAUCUGGAACGCCAUCGAGCUCGCCAUGGCCUCCACACAGGGCUUCAUAGUAGCGCUCCUAUACUGCUUCCUGAAUGGAGAGGUUCAAAAUGAAAUUAAGAGGCACUGGCGAAGGUGGCGUCUGAAGCAAUGUUUCGAUGACGAUCCCAGAGUGCAUCAUGGUUCCCUGAGCAACAGUGCUCUGCCACUAACGCAGAUUUUGCUGUUAAACAGAGCUAACAACAUAACAGAAUUAUAAGGACCUACUACUUACAUUAUUCAACUCUAAUAAGAACACUGGCUAAAUAAGGAAACACACUACACAACUAAUUAUAGUAACCAAAUAACUACAUGUGCUAUAUUGCACCAUAGCAAACUGCUCUGCAUUGGAACAGAAAAAUGACAUUUCUUCUCUCAUCCACACACAUUCAUUGGGUAUUUUUCUUCACUUCAGCUUCUUUUCUCAAAUGCUUUCUACAGCAAUAUCUGACUGUCAGCAUUUCAGUGCGUUGAUGGUAAAUCAAGGAUUCUGCUAAAUAUUUAUUCUGUUAAGCUCCACU